UCCCGAGUGGGAAGGGGCGGCGGGAGCAGCUGAGCCCAGACCGCCUUCGCCUUGCAUCAGCCGGCUUUGGGGGGGAGAGGCGAGGAGCGGAGCCGGGCGCCGCUGCCCACCUUGCCUGCGCCUCACAGCUGCUGCAGCCGGCGAGCGCCUUGCCUGCCUGCCUGCCUGCCGCGCGUAAAAGACCCUGUGAGGGCGCGCGUGGCGAGGGGAGGCUGUCGCUCCGGCCGGGAAGGACCAGCAGCGCUGAGGAAAAGCUCCCCGGGCAGCGUCCCUCGUCGCCCGCCGACGUCUCGGCGCGCCGGACCAGCAUGGAGAAGCCCGACGAGAGCCGGAAUGGCUACCUGGAGGCGACGGUGGUGUCGGGCUUGGAGGCCGGGGAGGAAGGGGCGCGCCGGCCCCGCCUGAAGCUCUUCCAGCUGCGGGGCUUGGGGGGCUUCCUGAGGAGGAACUGCAUGGUGAUCCUGACGGUGUCCGGGGUGCUGCUCGGCGUGGCCAUGGGCACCCUGGUGCGGCGCCUGCACCUCAGCCCGGCGCACGUCGCCUACCUGGCCUUCCCGGGGGAGAUGCUGCUCCGCAUGCUCAAGAUGAUCAUCCUGCCGCUGGUGGUCUGCAGCCUGGUCUCGGGCGCCGCCAGCCUCGACACCCGCUCGCUGGGCAAGCUGGGCGGCAUCGCCGUCGCCUAUUUCCUGAUCACCACCCUGCUGGCCGCAGCCCUCGCCGUCGCCCUGGCCUUCAUCAUCAAACCCGGCCUGGGCGCCGGCAGCCUCAACAAAAACUCCCUGGGCUUGGAUGACACCGCGCACACCGGCAAGGACACGGUGGACUCUUUCCUGGACUUGGCGAGAAACUUGUUCCCAGCAAAUCUUGUUGCUGCAGCCUUUCGAUCGUAUGCCACCGAUUAUAAAGCCAUAGUAAGAAACGCAACUAUCGGAAACGUUACCAUUGAAAAGUAUAUUACUGAUUAUAAGGCAGUAGUGAUAAAUGGAACGUCAGUUGUUGGAAAUGCUUCGAUUGAAAAGUUCCCAGUUGGCACGGAUAUUGAAGGAAUGAAUAUCUUGGGGUUGGUCCUCUUUUCUCUGGUUUUGGGAGUUGCCUUAAAAAAGCUUGGCACUGAAGGAGAAGAACUCAUCCGUUUCUUUAAUUCUUUCAAUGAAGCAACCAUGGUCUUAGUAUCUUGGAUUAUGUGGUAUGUACCUAUUGGCAUUACAUUUCUUGUUGGAAGCAAGAUAGUGGAAAUGGACGACAUCAUGCUUCUGGUGACGAGCCUUGGGAAAUAUAUAUUUGCUUCGAUUUUGGGCCACUUCAUCCAUGGACUGGUCGUUUUACCACUUAUUUAUUUUGCAAUUACACGCAAAAACCCAUUCACUUUUCUGCUAGGACUUAUAACGCCGUUUGCAACAGCUUUUGCCACUUGUUCCAGCUCUGCAACUCUUCCAUCCAUGAUGAAAUGCAUCGAGGAGAAUAAUGGAAUAGACAAAAGAAUUAGCAGGUUUAUUCUGCCAAUUGGGGCCACAGUGAACAUGGAUGGAGCUGCCAUUUUUCAGUGUGUCGCUGCUAUCUUUAUUGCCCAGCUGAACAACCAUGAGCUCAAUAGCGGACAGAUCUUCACCAUUCUUGUCACGGCAACUGCAUCCAGCGUGGGAGCUGCUGGAAUCCCAGCGGGAGGAGUUCUCACCAUAGCUAUUAUCUUGGAGGCAAUUGGACUUCCCACCAAUGAUAUCUCCCUCAUAUUGGCUGUCGACUGGAUUGUGGACCGGACCACUACGGUUGUGAAUGUAGAAGGAGAUGCCUUUGGAGCAGGUAUCCUUCAUUAUCUUAAUCAGAAAGAAGCCAAGGAGAAAGCAGAAGAAAAACUAAACGAAGUCUGCGUAGAAGCCAUUCCAAACAGCAAGGCUGAGGGGGAAACGUCACCUCUGGUAAUGCACAGAAGCCAAGACAUCACAUUUGCCGCUCCACCACCUAGCACUAAAGAUCUAGAAUCUAAAGAGUCAGUCCUAUGAAUGAGAAGGAGCGGGGAGGCACUCUGAGGACACUGUAUGUUGGAGACAACAGCAUAUUUAACUCGGAGCAGACCCAAGCGGCCGUUUGGAUUGAACAGAUGCGUCCCUUUUCCAUUUUGGUGGUACGGAACACUGUGGUAGCCAGUCACAGACUACGUGUGUGUGCACGCAUUUCUGGUGUGUUUUCCCCUUUGAGUGCAGACACUUUUGUGAUGAGGUAGUGAUGUUUCAUAGUUUGCGUGUGUGCAGAAUAUGCAACGCUCGUGCGCUGAUACGAGUGAUGCUUUUUGCUGGAGCACUAAAGGCCCACUCUGAGAGGUAGAUUUUGACAGCUGGAUCGUACUAGGCAAGGUCACCUUGAUAGCCUAGCUUGUACGGGGAGACAAAUUGAGUUCUCUCCCUUUAUUACAUCAAGCCUGCCCUGUUGUAUUCCGAAAGGCCCCCUCUCUGUGAAGGGAUAAGUCUUCUUGAUUCUAAGGCCAGAGAUUAUGGGAUUAUGUUUCUGCUACCAGUUACUGGAUAAAUCUUGAUGAUGCGGAAUGGACUUGAACCAAUGUAUGCCAGACAUGCAUGCCUAAUGGAAACUAGUCCUAGCUAUUCUAAAAAGUACAUUCUCAUUUACCGUAUUUUUUGCUCUAUAAGACUCACUUUUUCCCUCCUAAAAAGUAAGGGGAAAUGUGUGUGCGUCUUAUGGAGCGAAUUCA